UCUGACAAUAUUGGACCUUAACUUUGCUUAAUCUUACUAAUGAUAAAUCUGCAGACAAUCUGAGAACAGAAUGAUUUUUCUAGAGGGAUUAAAAAGGGUCUGACAAAUCUGUUGUAAUUUUAUGUAAUGUAGAUUCUCAGGUAUAAGUAAAGAUUAAAGAUUACUCACGGCAAACACUUUUAGAUAUAUAAAUUUCUAGAGUUGUGCCAAUAAACCAGGUGCAUGAUUAAAACAACUUUGUCUGCUUGAGCAGCAAAAUUUUUUUGUGAGCUAAUUAUUUCUAAACUUUGAAGAACUACUGCCGAUAAAUUCAAGGUUAUAAGACUUAGUUAAGAACUUAAAAUUAAUUGCUGCAAAUAAUCUUGGGAGAAGAGGAGAGCUGCGGGCUGGGUACGGGAGCGGCCGUGAUUCUGAGGGAGUGCUGGCAGCUCCCCUUGCCCUUUGGCCCUCUGGUUCUCGAGGCAAUGCCCCAGGUGAGGAGGGGCAGGAAGGCUCCCCCGGAUGGCUGGGAGCUGAUCGAGCCCACGCUGGACCAGCUGGGUCAGCAGAUGAGAGAAGUGGAGAUGGAGCUGCAUGAAGGGAAGAGGAACAUGGAGUCCCUCUGGCCCAUCCAGGAAUCCCGUUUCAUCUUUGAUCUCUUCCCCACGAGGAAAGCAAUCAGCAGAGAGCUCUAUGAGUACCGCACCAAGGGUGACAAAAACCUGAUUGCCAAGUGGGAGAAGCCGGGCUAUGGGAACCUCUGCUGCCUGCGCUGCAUCCAGACUUGGGACACCAACUUUGGGACCAACUGCAUCUGCAGGGUCCCCAAAAGCAAGCUGGAAGUGGGCACAAUCAUGGAGUGCACUCACUGUGGAUGCAGAGGCUGCUCUGGGUGAAGCCUUUUGCCAUCAAACUUGUUUUUUCAACUCUGAGGGACAUCCUUCCCUUCCUCCUCAACAGACUAUGAGUACAAUUACAGCUGCUUUCUGUGAUGGGAUAUUUCUGUAUAAUAAUUAAUGCAGC